AACGAUCCUGCUGGCAACACUGGAGGUUUCAAUGACAACUAUGAUGACGGUGGUUAUAAAGGCAAUGCCAAUAACUACGACGAUGGUGGUUAUAAAGGCGAUGUCAAUGAUGCUGGAGAAUACGGAAAUGACAAAUGUUUCGGCUGCGGCGAGGAAGGCCAUAGGCGAGCGGAAUGCCCCAAUGCUGAAGCGCAGACUUGCCGCUACUGCAAGAAGGAAGGCCAUAUGGUCAAGGACUGCCCCGAUAAGCCUCCUAUGACUUGUGGCAACUGCGGUGAAGAAGGCCAUUUCAGAAAGGACUGCGAGAAUGCCCGCAAGGUCAAUCGUGACCACGUUGCCGAUACUACUCCGGAAGAUGCCUGGGCCAAGAUCAAGCAGGCAGCUCGUGAAAGAGACUACGAUGAUGUCAAAGAAGCGGUCGAGGAAUAUGUCAAGGCUCUAGGAGGAGAGGUCACCUACCGCCAAAUCCAAGAGAAAUUGAUGGAAGAGAAUGUCAAGCUUUGGCUCAUUGGUUUGGAAAGAGAGCUGAUUGAUACUUUCACCAACAUGGAUCUCCAGGGCAACAUUGACAAGAAGUAUAGCGUCUCGUUCAGGUUCUCCGAUAAGCCCGAGCGGCCUCGUGAAAUCGAUGGCUGGCCUCAAGAUCAUAGUGAGAUCCUCUCUCGCUUGGACAAUGCAGGAAUAGUUGUUGAUAGAGGCCUUCCUAAAUGCUACAACUGUAGCGAGCUCAGUCAUACGUCCAAGGCCUGCACCCAGGAGCGAGUUGAGCACGCUUCAGAGAAGCCAAAGAUCUCGUGCUAUAACUGCGGUAAUGAAGGCCACCGAGUCAGAGACUGCCCCGAGCCACGCGUUGACAAGUUCGCGUGCAAGAACUGCGGAAAAUCGGGACAUAAAAUCGCAGAGUGCCCAGAGCCUCCCAACAUGGACAAUGUUGAGUGUCGCAAAUGCAACAAGACCGGCCACUUCGCCAAAGACUGCCCAGAUGGAGGCAGCAGGGCUUGUCGCAAUUGUGGCCAGGAAGGCCAUAUUUCCAAGGAUUGUGACCAGCCCAGAAACAUGGACCUUGUUACCUGUCGCAACUGCGAGGAAACUGGACACUACAGCAAAGAGUGUCCCAAGCCUCGGGACUGGUCCAAAGUCCAAUGUACCAACUGUGAGGAGUAUGGACAUACCAAAGUCCGCUGCAAGCAGCCACCCAAAGACUCGGGGGCU